AUGUGGCGCUGGAAACUGACGCUUCGGAGGUGGUGCUUUGUAGCUUGUGCACUGUGGAUGGGGAUGCCUGGGUUUUUGGCACCCCGCCUGAUUACCCUGGACAGCACUAACACGUUACUUCGUCUCCGAAGACCGGUGGGUGAGCUCUACCUUCAGCGACUGAGCAAGGUGCCUGGUGUUGCUGUUUCUGCAGAUGACCUCACGUGCCGUUGCAGGGUGGCCAUUGCACGGCAAUCACAAAGGAGCCCUUCCUUCGGUGCAGCAGAGCAGGGAUGCCGGGCCUGGUGGCGCAAAGUGGUGGCAGAGACGUUGGAAGGUGCCGGAGUGGGAGCCGACCACAAGGACUUUGAAGGGAUCUUCCAGCAUUUGUACGACCUGUUUGCCGGACAGGAAGCUUGGGAGCUGUUCCCCCACACUAGAUCGACACUUGACUCCUUGCGUCACUGGUGCAGUCAAAACUCCUGUCGCUUGGGCGUGCUCUCGAACAUGGACGACCGGUUGGAGAUGAUUUUGGAGCAGCUGGAAAUUAGAGAUUGCUUUGACUUUGUGCUUACAUCCUACGCAGCUGGGGCCGAAAAACCUUCCAGUGAGAUCUUCACAAAGGCCAUGGCAUGUGGAGAAGUGCUGGAACCACAGCACUGCUUGCAUUGCGGUGAUUCGAAGAAGCUUGAUCUCCAUGGUGCUCUACGGAGCGGUUGGUGUGCCGCGCUACUGGAUGAAACAGCAAAGCGAACAGCAGUGUUCGAUUGCUUUGAGGACAUAGGGAUGGCGGGGCCGCUGUCCGUCCACCAAAGCGCUUGGAAGAUGCCAGAUUUGAGCCACCUACCAGGCGAAGGUUUGGAGGAUCCAGCGCUGACAGUGCCAGCGGCCAGACAAAUCAUUGCAGAGCAGCUGAAGUUGCAGGCACGGCAGGUGGUCCUCUUCGAGACAGGCCUUCUUUCAGACACCGAUGCGCUGCCUGACGGACUGAUUCAGAUCUACAUCCAGGAGAUCAAAGUCUCUAUGGAGGAGUUCCUGGCCAAGGCACGCAAGAAGCCGGCGGAUUGCAGUGAGCUUCUGCGACUCAACGUGAUGGCGAAUCUGAGCGCGUUGCCCACAGACGUGGGCGAAUGGUUUCCGGCCCUCACUCAUCUUUUCUUGACGAACAAUCACAUCCCACACUGCCCGGAAAGCAUUGGCAGUUUGCAGAAACUCACCGAGUUUGAUUUCGACGGAAAUCAACUGGCAGACCUACCUGAAAGUUUUCAGCAGCUGACAGCUUUGCAACAGUUGAAGCUGGACCGAAACCAAUUUCAGGAGAUUCCUGAAGGGAUUCUGUGUUUGGAGAACUUGAAGGAGCUCUCGAUGUGCUCCAACCAGCUCUCGAAGCUUCCGGGUCUAGGGCAGUUGACCGCCUUGGAACGCCUGGCCAUGGCCAAAAAUCAGAUCCGCAGCGUUUGGCCCGGCCUGGAAAGGCUCAGAAAUCUGAAGGAACUCACAUUGGCCCAGAAUCAACUGGAGACGCUGCCAGAUGUGUUCAAUUUGCCGCAGCUGAAACAUUUGGACGUGUCCUUCAACCAGCUUACCAUGUUGCCCGACAGCAUCGUGACAGCCACAUCUCUUAAGGAGCUCUUGGUGAAUCACAACAGGCUGUCCUUUUUGCCUCAUCACAUUGGGAACCUUUCACAGUUGAAGGACCUCAACUUGAAUGCAAACGUGCUGCGGUUUCUGCCGGAGUCCUUUGCAGCCCUGGCAGAGUUGCAGAACGUUUGGCUAGAUAAGGUGAGGGGCUCAGAGCAUGAUAUGGAGGCGGCUUUCGGAUGCCACAUGAUGCCACAACAAAUGGAUUUUCUGACAUACAUCGUUCAUGACUGUCCAUGUGGCAAACGCAAUAACACACAUCAUUCCUAG